AUGUGGGUAAAUAGUGCUAUAUAUCCUUGGCGGUAGAUUCUUUUUCAUAAAUACCUAAAAAUUAGUAAAUUAAUUAAGUAAAGAAAAUUGGUAAAAAAAAAAGAAAUACAAAUUUACAUUAAAAAAGAGAAAAAAAUGAGUAACAAUCCAAUAAAUAGAGUAUAUGACUUCGCUUCAAGAGAUGAUAUUAUUCCAAUUAGUCGUAAAGACUUCGAAGAAACUUCUAGACCUAUUUAUAAGAGUUAACGUCUUAUUCCAUUUGAGUAUUUAGACAUGGAUAUUCUUAAUGGUAUGAUAGACAUGCCUGAUUUUGGCUUUUUGCCUUUUCCUUUUAUGUCUCAAUAUGUUAUGAGAGGUGUAACAAAUUUCAACUAACUCGAUUAUCUUGAAACUGAGUAAUCAUCUCAGAGUGGAUAAAUGACUGAUUCUUAUAUUUAAAAGCGUGCUAAAGAUAAUGCGCAAAGUAAUGGAAAUAAUGGCUUUUAAAAUAAGAGCAACAGCUCUUCUCUUACAGAAAUAAAGAAUGAUUCAGCAAAUAAAAACAAUAUAAAAUCUUAAAAACCUUCUUACAAGGAUAUUUAACACAAUGAAAAGGACCUAGAUCCAUUUACUUUACUUAAGAAGAAGUAUAUGUCUAAAAAACUCCUUCGCUAGUAAAUAAUAGAACAAGAUCAAGAUAUUGAUUUGUCUUAAUUAACUUAUUACUAAAGAAAGAAAAACUUCAUAUAAAAAAUGAAGGAAGAAGAUAUGCUCUUAGAUUGGGAUAGCAUUAAAAAAGAGGAAAAACUUUAUGAAAUAAGCUAUAUUAGCGGAGCAUCCCGCAAGAGAAAAGGCAAAAAAAGAGAUUAAGAUUAAUAAAAUAGCUAGUAAAUUGAGAGCUCUACGGCCUUAUAGCCUUAAAUCUAACAAACUAAUAAUUAAUCCUAAGCAAACAACAAUAUUAAUGUCUACUAAAAAGAAGCUAAAAGCUAUCGAAAAGUUCCAAGAUCUUCUCGUUAUGAUUAAUAAAACGAAAAUAAGAUUGAUGAUGAUAAAGUUGGACAUGUUGUUUAAGAAAAAGAUAUUGUAAAAGAUAAGUUAUCUGAAAAUGAAGAAGAAACUGCUAUUGAUUAAAUGGAAAUUAUUAUGGAAGAAGUCUCACUUGAAGAGCUAGAAAUGAGAAAGCAAGAUUUCAAACACCAACAGUUUUUAAAAGAAAAAUACCAAAAUAAAAAUUAUAUCUACAUUUCAAGCAAAGCCUAAGCUUCAAUUCCUUAAAUAAGACCUAUUGAAGAUGUUAGAAACUCAUGGGUUUUAAAAGAUCUUGAUAGUUUACUAGCUUUCAAAAAAUCACCUGAAUAUGAUUCUCUAGAAUUAUACAUGAACAAAUUUUUUGGAGCAAGAACUCCAUAGCAAGUUUUUGGUAUCCUUAAAUAAAAUAAUUUUAAUCUUAAAAAUGCAAUUGAUUAUUGUAAUAUGAAUUCUGCUUACUUAAAGGAUUACUACUCAUUUAAAGAUCUAGAAGCUAAAAAGAAACUUAACAAAAGAAGAGCUGAAAAAAAAUCUUAUCUAUGA